AUGCCUCUUGACGGAGUGAAGAACAUUGUGCUGGUCCUUUCUGGAAAAGGAGGCGUUGGAAAAUCUUCCGUGACACUCCAGCUAGCGCUCGCAUUAUCGCUUCACGGCAAAUCAGUCGGCAUCCUCGACAUCGAUCUGACCGGCCCCUCCAUACCCAGACUCGUUGGCUUGGAGGACGCCAAAAUCACGCAAUCACCGACCGGAUGGCUUCCUGUCCCGGUUCAUGAGGCGGUUGUUGCACAAAAUGACGAUGAGCCUUCAUCCGAGAAAAAGACUCGAGCCCGUGGCUCCCUUCGCUGCAUGUCUCUUGGCUUCCUCCUAAGAGAUCGCGGCGACGCAGUCAUCUGGCGCGGACCGAAAAAGACCGCUAUGAUCCGUCAAUUUCUGUCAGACGUUGCGUGGGGACCAACAGACUAUCUUCUUGUCGACACACCACCAGGAACGAGUGACGAGCACAUUGCACUGGCGGAACAGCUUCUCACACUAUCCACGACGGAUGCUGCCGUCGCGACACAGAUGAAUUUGCCUCGCCUUCAGGGCGCGGUGCUGGUGACGACUCCACAGGCUGUUGCAACCUCGGAUGUGCGCAAAGAAGCCAAUUUUUGUGUUGGCGGUGGAGAGGUUAUGGCCCAAGAGCUGAAUAUUCCGUUCAUGGGUCGUGUUCCUGUUGAUGUGAAGUUUGGGGAGCUGGUGGAAGGAAACUUGGAAGUUGAAACCGACGAUGAAGAUGAUGAUGAGGAUAAUUUAAAAGACGGUGGAGAGAAAACUGCACAGAAAGCGAGUCCGGCUGAGCCUGAUACAAGACCGCUUGUGGAGAAGUAUCAAGAAGGUUGGUCAUAUACUCGCUUUGAGGAGUUUGCGCGAACUAUUAUCGCAAGUGCGUGA